GGCACGGUCGCAAGUCAAGCACGCAAGACUUCGGCCUGAUACCCUCCCCUCCCUCCUCUGCCACCCUUCGCCCUGGCACAACCGCGCGCGAAGUCUCCUCUCCCGGUAUUCGCGCGUCCACUAGCUCACGCUACGCACCGUCUAUGUUUUCCUCCGGAUCGCACAUGUCAGGCAUUCACGGCAUUUCUCACGCCUUCCAACGCGGGCGCGACGGCGACGAUUACAACCUCGAGCGCCCCGAUGACAAGGAGGUCGAACGGCUCUUCCAGCAGAUCAUGAAAGACCGCGACGUGGAGGGGCUCGAUAUACCGGUCGAGAAGAAGUGGCACAUGGUGUGGAGCCACCUGCACUCGCGCUCGAAGGAGGAACGGACCCGAGAGAAGGCCGCGCAGCUUUACCGCGGGGACAGUGGUGCAGGCGACAGUGUCACCGCGAUGCACGUAGAGGGAUCCCCGGAGUGGUUCUUACAUCGCGUCAUAGAAGGCACGAUCACGCACAAGCAGGCGCAGAGCUUGAGCGUUAGCUUGAGAAGCAAUGAAAUUGGUUGGUUCAACAAAUUCGUCAGCAACAAGGGUACCAUUGCCCUGGCCCAGCAUCUGAACAGAAUCGCCCGAAAGAACUCGACACGCAGGCAGCAGGACAUCGACGUCGAAUACGAACUCCUCAAAUGCGUGAAAACUAUCUUUAACAAGACGUGGGCUGCGCGCGAAGCGCUUGCUCAACCACAGAUCGUCACGCUCAUCGUGAGCUCCAUGAACACGCCGCACAUCCCGAGUCGGAAAUUGAUAUGCGAGUGGAUGGUUUUCGUGAUGAAUUGGGAAGGGGGAUACGAAUUGCACGCUGCGGAGCUUGUUCUCCAGGCGCUGGAGGCGCUCAGUAUGGCGAAUCCUAACGCGGAGGCCAUCGCGCAGGGAGGUGGCGGGGGAGGUCCGUAUGAUUAUUGGUUUAGGAGCUUGGAGGCCAGUUUGGCCGGGAGGGGCAAAUUAGGAAGUCUGGUCGGCGCGAGUGAGGACGUGAAGAGAGCAGGAUUAGAUAGUUCUUUGAACGAGUAUGCGACCUACAACCUCCUCCUCCUGGUCGGCGUUCUGGAGAACCUCCCGGAUCUCGACUCGCGCCUCAACCAUCGCGCCAUGCUGCAAUUUGCGGGCUUGCCGCGCAUCAUGGAGCUGCUUCGGCAGUUCAACACGGACGAGAUCAACAAGGGUCUCCAGAAGCUGCAAGACAUUCUUGACGAGGACGAACGACAGUUGAAGGAGCAAGACAACCUCCGCAUGCUCCAGGACUUCUCCAACCCGGAGGACGUCUACAAGGCUCUCUACGCCAAGACAGAGGACUCGAAGGCCAAAGAUUACUUCCUCAGCAUGAUGCAGCGGCUCCUCCUCAUUCGGGAAGACGGCCCGCCGCUCGUGCAUUACUUCCAGUUGAUCGACGGGCUGGUGACGGAUGUGGUGCUUGACAAGAGGAUGGGCACAGGUGAACAGCGGUUUGGGGUGAGCGUGUCGAAGUUGGUGGCAAGUAUGAACAAUGCGGACGAGGUAGCGGCGCUGGAGCAGGAGGUAAUGAUGCUCCGCGCUCAGGCUGCAGAGCAGACUUUGAGGAGGGAGGCGUUAGAAGAUGAAGUUGCCCAGGGCGGCGAGGGGAUGGUGGGGCAGCUCAAGGUGCAGAUGAAGCACCUGGAAGAGAAGCUACUAGUGAGCAGGCAGACGACGGAGCGCCUUCAGGGACAGCUUGAGGAGCAGAAGGCGGGGUACGAGGAGCAGAUCACGCAACUCCAGGCGCAGAUCAUGGAGCUGUUCAAGAUGCUCCGGGAGAUGGGCACGGAGGGUCUAAAGGGCAUCGAUGAAGUGAUCGAGAAUGCGGGAGGAGAGGGCGCGAUGGACCGGAGGACUCUGGUGGAAGAGCUCAGUAAGCAUCUGCACAGAGUUCAGACCAUCGACGCGCUGGAGGGUGGUAAGCGGCGGAGGAAGAAGGGCAAGAAGGGUCAAGUGGGUGAUGGCGAACAAGGCUGGGAUGACAGCGACGAGGAAGGGGAUGCAGCGAAGGAGGCUCGGUCGGAUGCCGCUGGCGCAGGUGGCCUGAAGAGGAGGCCGCAUUCGACUAAGAGAAGCACGACCACCCCCAAGGCGAGAUUUUCAGAGGCACCCGGUGGACGCGUCAGCCAGUUCAUGGAUGCAGAUGAGGAGCAGGUUCAGGAGCAGAUACAGCAGCAGCUGGCGGCUGGCGUCAGCGUAUACCCGCCUCGCGAAGGAGCCAUUUCAAGCUUGCGAGGCAAGCGCACUAGGAAGAAGGUUCAACAAGGCGCGAUACUGGGUGCUAAUGGCAUGCUUUCGCCGCCGACAAACGAGGACGGUGAAUACAGUGAUGGCUCGUCAUAUGGGCCCGAUGAUCAGGAUGCGGAGAGCGAGUAUGGGAGGUCAACCAGAAGCGUGUCGUCUGCUCUCACCGAGGACACGCAGGCGACGACGGUCACCGAAGGCUCGCGCGCGUCAGCGGCCGGUUCGUUAGCGGAGCAGCUCAGGAAGCAAUUGUCUUUGCGCGGCAGGCCGCCGUCGGACACGAGUACUGCGCCGUCACCUCCUCUGCCUCCCUUGCCGGAGGAGCCAGCUGCAACCGACGCGUCCGGUGCUGCGCCUCCUCCCCCUCCCCCUCCGCCACCGCCUCCACCACCACCGCCACCGCCUCCCCCGGGUCCUGGUCUCAAAGGCCCGCCGCCGCCGCCGCCCCCUCCGCCGCCCCCUCCUCCUCUUGGCUUUAAAGCGCCGAUCGCCUCCCUAGCCGCUGGUCCGCCGCCGCCGCCGCCACCACCUCCUCCGAAGAGUGGAUUUGCCACCCCCACUUCCCCUCCCGGUUCUGCGCCAGCUUCUACUCGUACAUCUAUGCAUCUGGGGAACAACUUGUCCGCGCUGCUCGCGGCACGAAAGGACAUGCUCAUCACGCCUAGCCAGAAGAUGAAGCAACUUCAGUGGGACAAACUACCGCAACAGGUUGUCGGCAAGACUGUGUUCAGCGAAGACCUACCGGUAAAGGAGCAAGAGUGGGUUAAGAAGCUCCAAUCUGAUGGCGUCUGGAUGGAGAUGGAGGAGGACUUCAAGGCGAAGCAGUUGGUUAUAAACUUGAUGGCGCGCCAGAAGAAGGCGGAACUCCGUAGUGUAUUGGAUCCAACCACAAAGAAACACGUUGAAAUCCUCAUCCAAAGAGUCAAGAAAUUGGAGCCGGAGGAGAUUGCGCGCAAAAUCCAAUUCUUCGAUCCGGAGCUCUGCACUGAGACGUUCCUCGCGGAGCUGAAGACGGUACUCCCCACCCCCGAACAGACCGGCAAGCUGAACGUGUAUCGAAACGCCGAUCCGGAGGAACUGGCCGGUCUUCACAUCUCAGAUCGUCUUAUGGUCAAGCUUAUACAGAUCGAACGUCUCGGCCCCCGAGUGGAGGGCAUGCUGUACAAAGUCAAAUUCAACGAAGCAUGGACACUAUUGGACGAGGGCACGCGCAAGCUAUCAGAGGCAUGUGACGCAUUGCUUCAUGCUUCCCACUUCAAGGAACUGCUCAGUUUGAUCCUACUAAUCGGAAACUAUAUGAAUGGUACUGGUAUCAAAGGCGGCGCAUUCGGUUUCCGAGUUAGCAGUAUCAAUAAGCUUGUUGACACGAAAUCAGUACAUAAUACAACGCUGCUUCACUUCCUCGAAAGGACAGUCGCCAAGCAUUUUCCCGAAAUGGAAGAAUUCUUGGAAGAGCUCGCCAAGCCUGCCGAGGCAUACAGAGUCAACUUGCAGGAUGUGCGCCGAGGCCUUACAGAGCUUCGAGAAGGCCAUAAGCGUAUUAAGACCGAACUCGAGGAGCAUUUUGCAGAUAUCGAUCCCCUUGACAGAUACGCGAAACAAAUGUGGACAUUCGUCGGACGAGCUGGAGCGCAGAUUGCUGACCUCACGGACGAUGUUAACGCGGCGGACACGCGGUUCACCGAAGUUGUUCGCUUUUACGGUGAAGACGAGAAGAAUAUGAACUCGUCAGAGUUCUACGGAAUCUUCAAGACGUUUGUAACCUCCUACAAGAAAUGCAGAGGAGAAAACCAAACAAUUGCAGAGGAACGGACCAGACUGGAAAAGCGGAAACAAGCUGCAGAGCAAGCAGAGCUCGAGCGAAAGAAGAGGCAGGAGGAAGCCAAGGCGAACGAAGACGAGGAGUCCACCGGAUACGACGCUUUACUCGACGCGCUACGCAAGGGAGAACUCCCGCGAAGUGCCCGCCGCACACGGCCUCGCGACCGCAACCCAGCUCCUUCUCCAUUGUCUCUGGACAUUCAAGGUGGCUCGUCUGGAGAAGAUGCUGCUGACAGAGCACGAGAUAUGUUGGCAAUGCUCAAGUCCGACGGUCUCGAUACCUUCCAACCCAAAUCACCAACUUCUGCAACUCCUAAUCCAUUACGACGGUCCAGGCGCAGGCGCAAGAGCAGCGCCGCUUCUGCCCCAGCGAGCGAUACUCUGGGUGACUCUGAGCAUGAACCAAUGCCCGAAGGUGACCCUGAACCACGCCCUGAAGAGGCGGAGAAUCUGAUGGCAGAUGCCUCUGACUCCACGAUUGUCAUAGAACGGUGAUAUGCCCAUGACCUGCUUUCUUUUUUCAUUUAGGCGCUCAUGUAUGGCUCAUUUCGCACUUUCAUUCCGUCUUCUUUCCGUGGACAUGCAUAUGUAUUUU